CACGGCCCCCGGGGCGAGGGUGAGCGCUCGGGAUUCCAUCGCAGCCCACCGCCGGAGCUGGCCCCCGCGAGCCCCCGCCGAGAUUUAAGUUCCAGCGCGGGGAGGUGGGCCCCACGCGCGGCCUCCGGGCCCCGCCCACUCUGGCCUGGGGUCGGAGCCGCGGCGAGCGCCAGCCCAGUGCGAGCGGCCGCGGCCCCUUUAAGGAGCCGCUCUGCGGUAACCCGAGCCCGCAGUCCGGGCGGGCGCGGCGGCAGCAGCGGCGGCGCGAGCCUCGGCGACUGCUCCUCCAGGCGUCCCCGGCUCCCGCGAGCAUCUCGCGCGUGGCCCCGGCCGCCGCAGCCCUCGGGCCGGGCCGGAUGACCAGGCGCCUGUGAGCUCCGCUGCGCUCUCCCGGCCCCUGCGCAGCCGCCGCCCGCGCGAGUCAUCCCGGGACCCGGCACAGGUUGAAGAAGUAUGGAAGCCAACACGGAACUGGUCGUCGGCACUGUUUGUUGUAGUUUUGCUGUCUUUCAGGUUCUUUUCCAUUUUAUAAGUUACUGGUUUUCAGCAAAAGUCUCUUCAGGUUAUCAUAGUCUUAGCAUCGAGAAGAAGAUUGAAUGGAACUCAAGGGUAGUGUCUACGUGCCACUCUUUGCUGGUUGGAAUUUUUGGCUUAUACCUCUUCUUCUUUGAUGAGCCUACCAUAGCUGAUCCACUCUGGGGUGAUUCAACGCUUGUGAAAUUGAAUAUUGCAACUGCUUCAGGCUACCUCAUUUCUGAUUUAUUGAUUAUACUUUUGAAUUGGAAAGUGAUUGGCGACAAGUUUUUUGUAAUUCACCAUUGUGCCGCUCUAACGGCAUACUGCUUUGUAUUGAAAGAUGGAGUACUUUCAUACAUUGCCAAUUUUCGCCUGCUUGCCGAGCUCUCCAGCCCCUUUGUGAACCAGAGGUGGUUCUUUGAAGCCCUGAAGUACCCCAAGUUUUCCAAAGCCAAUGUCAUCAAUGGAAUCCUCAUGACAGUGGUCUUUUUCAUAGUGCGGAUCAUUGCAAUACCGCCUCUGUAUUUCUUUGUGUACUCCGUGUAUGGAACAGAGCCCUACAUAAGGCUCGGAUUUUCAGUCCAGUGUAUCUGGAUCACUACUUGUCUUAUUUUGGAUGUGAUGAAUGUCAUGUGGAUGAUCAAAAUUACAAAAGGAUGCAUCAAGGUCAUCUCUCUCAUCGGACAGGAGAAAGCCAAGACUAGCCUUCAGAAUGGAAAGCUCGAUUAAAGGCGUGCUUCAUCAAACACCUUUGCUUCCAUAAGCCGUUUCCAUUCCUCCUCACGCUGCGUCUACUAAUAGAUGAGUUCCUGGCAUGCUCUUAUGCUGCUCCAUUAGCUAUGAUUGUUAUUCAGGGGUUCAGUGUUUUCUUCCCCCUCUCUUUUUUAUAUUUAGAAAAGAGAAAAUAAAAUUUAGUUUUCCCUCCCAAGAGUUCUUUCCUUCUGCAUUUUAAGCCUAGAUAGGAAUCGAAAGGUUUAAAUAAAAGUUGUAAGUAGAGUGGUGAAACGUUACUGAACUCUCAGUGUACGUGGGGAUUAUUCUCUGCAGAAAAAUGACUGGUAAUUUGGUGGCCUUGAUGUGCCACCCGUCUUGCUGAAAGAAUGAGAACUCCUUCUGAGUCUGUAAGCCGCUCGGUUUGCUGUGCUGUGCUCUCUCCUAAUGUCGGUGCCUGCGCAGGCUUUAAUUUCUUAGUUGCUAACACGUCCUUUCCUCUAGGCCAUCAGAAAUGACACAGUUUCAUCUGGCUAUGCAUUCAUCUGUUAUGAUGGAGUAUUUCAUUCACUUUGACAAUAUCAUGUUUGAAAAUACUUCUUGCAUUUUAAGAUUUCAGAUGCCACUUUAUUUGUAUGUUAGUGCUUUAUCCAACUAUAUAUAUUUUUUAUUUUAUUGUCAGGCCAGGUUUAAGACCCAUUGUGUAGCCCUUAGGGAUGAAGAUCUUUUAAAAGUACAUGCUGGGGUUGGGGAUUUAGCUCAGUGGUAGAGCGCUCGCCUAGCAAGUGC